CGGUGCCGUGCUUUACGGCGGCAGAUCCUGCUUGGGGGUGUGUGUGAGAGAGUGAGUGGAUGGGCAGAGCGCUUUACGGUAACGCGCGCGACCUUUCGCGACAGCCGGCGGCAGGAGCGGCGGCCAUGGACGUGGGGGAGCUGCUCAGUUACCAGCCCAACAGGGGGACCAAGCGGACCCGCGAGGAUGAGGAUGAGGAGCUGAAGCCGCGGCACAAGCCAGCCGGCUCUCGGGAGCGCGGCCGUUACCGGGAGGAAGACCCUCCGGCGGCCGAGGAGUCCGAAGAUGACAAGAAGAAGUUGCUCCACAUUUUUGAAAAGGGCGAGGAGGAGGAGGAAGAGGAGGAACCUCUGGACGAAAGUUCCGUCAAGAAGAUGAUCCUCACCUUUGAGAAGAGGUCUUACAAGAACCAGGAGCUCCGGAUCAAAUUCCCGGACAAUCCUGAGAAAUUCAUGGAAUCCGAGCUGGACCUCAACGACAUCAUUCAAGAGAUGCACGUGGUCGCCACCAUGCCGGAUCUCUACCAUCUCCUGGUGGAACUCAACGCCGUGCAUUCGCUCCUUGGGCUGCUCGGGCACGACAACACCGAUGUCGCCAUUGCGGUGGUGGAUCUUCUGCAGGAGCUCACAGACAUCGACACCCUGCACGAAAGCGAGGAAGGGGCGGGGGUCCUCAUAGACGCCUUGGUGGACGGGCAGGUGGUAGCAUUGUUGGUGCAGAAUCUGGAGCGUCUGGAUGAAAGUGUGAAGGAAGAGGCAGACGGCGUUCAUAAUACUCUGGCGAUCAUUGAGAACAUGGCGGAGUUUCGGCCGGAGGUGUGUGCGGAUGCCGCCCAGCAGGGCCUCAUGCAGUGGCUUCUCAAGAGGCUGAAGGCCAAGAUGCCUUUUGAUGCCAACAAGCUCUACUGCAGUGAGGUGCUGGCCAUUCUCCUCCAGAACACGGAUGACAACCGGGAGAUGCUGGGGGAGCUGGAUGGGAUCGAUGUCCUCCUUCAGCAAUUGUCGGUGUUCAAGCGGCACAACCCGGGCCCUGCGGAGGAACAGGAGAUGAUGGAGAACCUCUUCGACUCGCUCUGCUCUUCGCUCAUGCUCAGCUCCAACCGGGACCGUUUCCUGAAGGGCGAAGGGCUGCAGCUGAUGAACCUCAUGCUCAGAGAGAAGAAGAUCUCCCGGAGCAGUGCCCUGAAGGUCUUGGACCAUGCCAUGAUCGGGCCGGAGGGGGCCGACAACUGCCACAAGUUUGUGGACAUUCUGGGCCUCCGCACCAUCUUCCCUCUUUUCAUGAAGUCCCCGAAGAAGAUCAAGAAGGUGGGGGCCUCCGAAAAAGAGCACGAAGAGCACGUCUGCUCCAUCCUGGCCUCCCUCCUGAGGAACCUGCGGAGUCAGCAGAGGACACGGCUGCUCAACAAAUUCACGGAGAACGACAGUGAGAAGGUGGACCGGCUGAUGGAGCUCUAUUUCAAAUACCUGGACGCCAUGCAGGUAGCCGAUAAGAAGAUUGAAGGUGAAAAGCAUGACAUGGUGCGCCGCGGGGAGAUCAUCGACGACGACACGGAAGAGGAGUUCUACCUGCGGCGCCUGGACGCCGGUCUCUUUGUGCUCCAGCUCAUCUGCUACAUCAUGGCGGAGAUCAGCAAUGCCGGCAUCCCUCAGAUCCGCCAGAGGGUGCACCAGAUCCUGAACAUGCGGGGCAGCUCCAUCAAGAUCGUCCGGCACAUCAUCAAAGAGUAUGCGGAGAACAUCGGAGAUGGGAAGAACCCUGAAUUCCAGGAGACCGAGCAAAAACGGAUUGUGGAGCUUCUGGAGAAUUUCUGAGGAACCCUUGACGGCUCCCAAGACCUUCUGCAACUUGGGGUCCAAGAGAGACUUUGGGGAGAAAGGGGACCUCCUCGAGUUUUUUGAGGGGGGUUAUUUUGAAUGAUUAAAGAUUUGGUUUGAUUUGUA